AUAAAGCUAGUAGAAAGUACAAUACAGUGGUUUAGUCUGCAACAGCACGUGGAAUAUUACGGACGUAUAUGCGACGCAAAUGUUACCGAAUGCACGCGGGAAAUAGUUGCGUCAAUAUAUCGCGAAUUGUUUUAUAUACAUACAUAAAUAAUUUAAUAAUAAGACAAUAAAUCGUGACUUUUAUAAAAAUGGGUGCAAGUGCAAGGAUACCUUUCUUGUUUUUAAUUAUUGCCACUGCAACAGCUGUUCCUACGGGCGAUUCUAAGCAGGCAUUUAAAAAUAUAGAUGACAUAGAUCUAUCCGCAGAAUCUUCAGAAAUCAUAUCAGAAGCAGUGCCCGCGCCGUCAUCUCUACAUGAGACGGCUCAACUACCUGCUGUAAACACUGAGCAGACAGAUCAUUCCAUCGAGCUCGUUGGCGACUCACAGAAUUUCUUCCCAUCGUUCGCUAACCUCUUUGAGUCCCGACCGCGGAGUAACUUCGGGCUUGGCUUCGGCAAUGAAGGAGCUUAUAGUCAAAGGCCUAAUUCAUAUAGAUCUCUCCUGAAUUAUCCACUCUUUGGCAACUAUAGAAAUGUUGAUAAUUUCGGAAAACAAAAUACGGCUUCCGCAGCUCCGCUCGUCGAUGCCAGUUCCAGUGUCCUAGGUUCCGGUAAUUUCGGAAUAAUUAAAGGUGGCACAUUCUUCGCUCAAAAUGAUGACGAAUCGGAGUACAGUGACGGAUUCAGCUCAUUUUAUAAUAACGGUCAUGGUAGGCCAUCUAUAGGCGUCGGCUACAUUGCCAACCCUCGCCCGAAUUACAAUCAAGAUCAGUUCGCUAACUUUAGAGAUUUUGCCGAUAUCAAUACACCGUCAAACUCUGCUUACUCGCAUUAUGUUGUAGUGUAUGCAAAUAAGAAUGCCACAAUGGAUGAAAUUUCAGAAGAAACACGAAGAGUGAUAUCAGAACCGAAGAACAUCAUUGAAACUUUACAGCGUUUAGACGACACGACAACUCCUAAACCAAAAAUAUCUAAAGCGAAAGCAAAGUUGGAGAUCACAAAGCAAAAGAUGCUAAACAAGAAAACCCAGUGGAAGAAGAAAAACUCGAAAUAUAACCAAAAGCACGAUCCGGAAGAGCCAUUAUUAGCGUUAAGUUAAAGCUUGUGCUAGUAGUAGUUGAAAUACAGAGACUUGCGUAAUGUAAGUGAUAUUACCAGUAGACAGUGUUGUGACGUGCAUCGGCACUGGAAAAGGCGUGACAAAAAGUUCACUGUCUAAAUUUAAUUUUAUAUAAGUGCUCGUAUAUGUUAGAAUUGUGCAACUGAUCGGAGUGUAUGAAAGGAGAAUAAAUGUAUAUACUGUGUUUGAUUGUUAAUGGUGGAUAAUAAAUUAAUGUUA